AUCCUAUCAUGCUAAGCUAAACUAUAAUUCUAUAUAUACACAGAAAGAGAGGCAGCAGAAACACAAGCUAUAGCAAUGGCUUCUCUUCUCCUCUUCAUCACCACCAUUCUCAUCUCCUCUCUCUUCAUCAUCAUCUUCUCCAUUGCCAACCAGAAGAAUAACAAGAGUAAAGCUCACCACCUUUCUUUACCACCAGGGCCAAGAGGGUGGCCAAUCAUUGGCAACCUCCUUCAGCUCGGCACCAAGCCACAUGAAACACUACACGCCCUCUCUAAAACCUAUGGCCCUCUCUUACGGCUCCGCUUCGGCUCCGUCACCGUCGUCGUCGCUAACACCGCUGACGUUGCCUCUCAGUUCCUCCGCACUCUCGACGCCAACUUCUCCAAUCGGCCACCAAACUCCAUCGCCGAGCAUUUUGCUUACAACUACCAAAGCCCGGCGUUUGUCCCUUAUGGUCCUCGCUGGCGCAUGUUCCGCCGCUUGUGCACAACCCAUCUCUUCUCCACUAAAGCUCUCGACGACCUGCGCCACGUCCGAGAGGAGGAGGUGGCGCUGCUAGCUUGUAAGUUCGUGCAAACCAAGGACACUAACACUAGUGUGGGUGUGGAAGUAGGAAAAGAAGUAGAUGCUUGCGCUGCCAACGCCCUAACAAGAGCCCUGUUUAAGAGACGAGUGUUUGAAGAAGAGAACGGACCGGAUGGUGGAGAGUUUAAGAAAGCAUUAGAAGAGGUCUUGAAGCUCUCCGCCGCUUUCAACGUCGAGGAUUUCAUCCCAUUCCUCAAGGCAUUGAACGUGCGUGGGUUUGUGACUAGACUGAAGAAGGUUCAUCAUUGGUAUGAUGACACCUUAACCAAAAUCAUGGAGGAACACAAGACUAAGACGAAAAUUGUAAGUGGAGGUGAAAGUGAAGGUAAAGAUUUUCUUAGCAUGCUCCUAGGAUUAAAGAAAGGUGGUAAUGGUGAUGAAGUAGCUGAUAAUAAGCUCACUGAUACUGACAUCAAGGCCUUGCUCACGGACUUGUUCACUGGAGGGACGGACACGACGUCAAGCACUGUGGAGUGGGCGCUGGUGGAGCUUAUCCGGCACCCGGACAUCCUCACUGCUGCCCAAAAAGAGUUAGAUUCUAUUGUCGGCCGGUCUAGGCUCGUGUCGGAGCUCGACCUGAAUAACAUCCCGGUCUUGCAAGCCAUCAUCAAGGAGACGUUCCGGCUCCACCCGCCGGCCCCUCUCUUGAUCCCACACACAGCCUCCGAGGCAUGCGAAGUGGCUGGCUACCAUGUCCCGCAAGCGGCCACCCUUCUGGUUAACGUGUGGACCAUAUGCAGAGACCCAAAUGUCUGGUCUAGUCCACUGGAGUUUGACCCAAGCCGUUUCCUUCCCGGCGGGAAGAACGCUGAGGUGGACUUAAAGGGGAGCCACCUCGAGCUGAUACCGUUCGGUGCCGGCCGCCGGAUAUGCCUCGGAAUGCGGCUUGGGCUGAGGAUGACGACGUUGCUAGUGGCCAGCUUGGUGCAUGGCUUUGAUUGGGCUUUGCCUGAUGGGCUUACUCCUGAGACUUUGAACAUGGACGUUGAGUUUGGGCUCACUUUAGAAAGAAGUGUGCCUUUGGUGGCACGGCCCAUCCCAAGGUUGGCCCAUGAAGCCUAUGAAGUCUAGUUUCCCGUUUUUCUUGACUUGUUGGAGAUGCUUAAAUACAUAUAUGGAAAAGUUCGAAUAUUUUCCACGCAACAAGUAGAUUACAUAAAUAAAUAAAUGAACCAGAA